GAGCCGUGGGGGAGGGAGCCGCGUCGCGGGAGCUGCCGGCGUCGCGGCCAUGGAGAGGGGUCACGCGGGGCUGGGGCCGCGCGAGGGCUUGGCGCCCGAGGAGGAGCUCGAAGCCCCGGGAGCUUCCUGGAGCGGAGACAGCGGCAAUGUCUCUCAGAGCCACAGCAGCGCCUCCGGGCUCUGGGAGGAGGAGGAGGAGGCGGCGGCGGGGGCCCAGGGGGAGGAAGGCGAGCGCAGCGGGCGGCGGCGGCGGCCCAGCCGGGACCGCACUGGCGACGCCGCCGGCUCGGACUUGCCUCUGCUCCGCCGCACCGCCGCUGGCUACGCCGCCUACCUGCUGCCGGCGGCGGGAGAGGGAGGCGGCCCCGAGAUAGAAGCUUUAGACAGGAGUCUUGAAGACUUACUAACUAGAGUUGAUGAAUUUGUUGGGAUGCUAGAUAUGAUUCGAAGUGACUCCUCACAAGUAGUCAAUGAAAGUGUACCUCAUAUUCACAACAAAGCCACUGAAAUGAAUGAGAUAUAUAGAAAAAUUGACAAAUUGGAGGCUUUUGUUAAAAUGAUUGGAAAUUGUGUGACAAGAAUGGAAGAGCAGGUGACAAAAGCAGAAGCAGAGCUUGGAACAUUUCCCAACACAUUAAAGAAACUUUUGCACACAAUUAAUGUGCCAUCCUUCCUUAAUAAAUCGUAUUCCACAAAACAACAGCAAACUGUCUAUGAACCUCCUAUCCUUUUCAGGACAGAAGACUAUUUUCCUUGUUGCAAAGAAGGACCUCAGGCAUGAUACUGUACAAUACAACUACUUAAGAAAAGACAUAUCAAAGGAGAAGUUCUUAUCUUGAAAAGAUUAUUAUUAUACAUAUCUACUAGUUAGUGUAUUUAAGAUGUUGUGUAUAUUAAAUAGGUAAUUUUAAAACAGUAUUUUUCAUUUUGUGCAGAUUGCAUAGCUUCCCAUGUCUUCCAAAUCUCAACUAAAAUUUUGUUUAAAUGGGGGAGUAAAAUGAGUAAAUAUUUCCUUAUAAUUAUCAAAAUUGCUACUUUUGUAUUUAUACUAUCCUUGUGUCAACAGUAUUACGUUUUUUAAGAUUUACAUUCACAAGGUCUUAAAGAAAAAACUACUGAAGUAUUACAGAGCAUUAUUUAUUCUUAAUGGUUGACAGUCUUCCUAUAGUUUAUUUUUUUAAAUAAACUGUUAAUUAACAUGAUUUGAGCUUUAUACAUUUUGAAUUGUAAACUAUGCAAGACUAUUAACUUGUAAUUAAUUUUGAAAAUUAUAUUGAAAUAGUGCUCGUUAUAAUCUUGUUUGUAAAUGACUGUGUACAUAGUUUGAGUUAUAAUUUAAAUUCAAUUAAAAUCAAAGACUUAUUUGCAUAGAUUUUUCUCUUGAAGUGCUAUUGAGCAAAAGCCUAGGAAACUUUUUUAUAGAAAUUUUGUUUUAUCUUGAAUACAGAUUUCCAUUUUCUCAAUGGAUACAGUAAACUUUAAGAACUUCCAUAAAAGGUUUACGUGGGGGGGGAAAUUGUAGUUUACUCUUAGCUAAUGUUUUAGCAAAAUCAUACAAUUCUUCUAAGUCAAAGGAUCAUAGAAACAUUAGAAAAUUAGAAAGGCCUAUGGAGGUUUGGUCCUCUGAUCAAGAAACAGUUGCACUGGACUUCAAAGUAAUUAAAAUCACAAAAUCAGUUAGUAGAAGAUUUAUAUAAGUAAAAGAGGAAAAACUUGUGUCCUCCACCCUAAAUAGUAAGCUUUGCAUUCUUAAAAUUGAAGAGUUGGAUGAGGCCCCCCCCCCCACCUCCCUUAUAGGUGAGGAAAAUGAGGCACAGCAAUGUUGUGACUUGCCUGAGGCCUUACAAGUAGUGACAAUAUUUUGACCCCAAAUCCAGUUCUAUGCAAUGUCAUUUUUUUCCCUAUUAUAUUCCGUGAUAACAAGUUGGAUCUUCUUUACAGUAGCUAAAAAGAUGUAGUCUUUUCUGUAUAAUAGAUUUCAGCUUCCAUUUCAGAGCUUUGGUCUACCUUUCAAUGAAGAGGACAAAUAGGUGUCUGGGUCCAUUCUAGAUUCCUUUAAUUGUAAGUAAUACUGGUGUUAAUAGAACUAGGACAAUUCACUAGGAUUUUAUACUUUGCUAAUAAGUAUUUGUUACUGUUUGAUACUCUAACCAUUAUUCAGUGUCCUCAUUUGUUCUCAGUAAAUAAUUUUGGCAGUUCUUUAUUAAAAAGCCUAUAAUUCAGGAUCUUAAGAGCUUUCUAUAUUAACACAUGUUAAAGUUUGCAAAGCAUUUUGUACAUAUUGUCCCAUUUGUUUCUUACAAAUGGAUGGACUACAGUUAAAUAACUUAUCUAAAGUCACACACUUCAUGUAGGCAUUAGAUUCAAACCCCUAUCUCUUCAACUCCAAGUGAAACACUUUUUUCACUAUUAUGGUAUUUUUAGUAUACACACACACACACACACACGUAUGUGUGUGUGUGUGUGUGUGUGUAUGAGAGAUUGUAUAUAUACAGGUUAGACCAAUUCUGAUCACUGCAAAGUCCUGUUACCUGGAUUCAAAAAAUCAGAUGUACAAGUAUAAGUGAAGAAAGAUGGGGCUUCCACAGUAUACUGAAUGAAAGAGAUGUGGAGUGUUUUAUUGUAUUAGAGGCUCAGUGAAUUAGCACUGACCUAGUGUAGUGCCAGAAAAACGAAUAUACCAAGUUCUCUCACUAGAGUCUGAAUUCAGUUUCUCACAUGUUUACUUAUGGUCCUUUAGGUUCUAAAAGAGUACAAGUUUAGAUAGUUCCUGUUGAACACCGAAGACUUCAAGUACACUCUAAAAAAUGAAUUAUUUCAUCUAAAGAUCAGCUAAAUUUGGAGAGGCUUUUAACCAAGUUGGUUAAUCUAUAACAGGUUUUCUGGCCAAAGCAUUUCAAGAAAUCUAACAAAAGAUUACAGCUGCAUCAGCAUCUACCAGAAAAUUAAGCCUACCCUACAAAGGCAUCUUGCCAUGUGCUCUGCUAUUUGUUGAUCAGUUCCUCCCUUCUCCCCAGCAUGAAAAAACUAUCCUUCAGACCUAGACGUCAUGAUUUUCCCACCACUCUUUUCUGUCUUCCCCAAACUAGCCUCAGCUUUGGCUUGUUAAAUCAUUUCAGAUCCUAUGUGAUACCAUUUGGGGUUUUCUUAGCAAAGUGAUUUGCCUCUUCCUUCAGCACAUUUUAUAGAGAAAUUGAGGCAAACAGGAUUAAGUACACUUACCUGGGAUCACAACACUAGUAAGUGUCUAAGGCCAGACUUGAACUUGGAAAGAUGAAUCUUCUUUACUUCAGGCCCAGCACUUUAUUCAUUGCAACUUAGCUUUGGCACUCCACCCUUAAAGGUCACUAAAAUCUCACCUAACCCACUAUAUAUAGUCAGUCACUAGACCAUAUUUCAUAUACCAUUCAGCCCCAAGAUACCAGGGCAUAGUUAGCACUAACAUCUUACCACUUGUCCUAUUAUUAUCCCCAUACUUAAAAUCUACUGCCCUAUAACUAUUCAUAUAAUUCCCUGGCCUCUACUCCUCUGUUGUGUCCCUAUAUUAAUAUAAGUUUAUACUUGCCAAGAAACCUACUUAAAUUGGAGACAGACUGCUCAGGUGUCUCACACCAACUAGCAAAACCUUUUAAGUUGGUACCAGACCAAAUAAUGGUCAAAAAAUGCAAUAAGAAACUAGUGAGUACAUCAAAUUAUUAGCCAGACACUCAUGGUCAAGGGACCAAAAUCCAUAACUUGCUGAUUUAUUCUAUGAAAGCAAGAAAUAUUUGAACAAAAUCAAAUGGCUAAAAAUGGAAAAUUAUAUAAAAAACAAGUGAUCUUAUCUGGCAAACAGAUUAAGAAGAGAGUUUUAAAAUGAUUGGAUUCCCCGAAAACCAAAAACAUUUCAAGAAAUCUGAAAUUAAAACUGCCCAGAACUACUAUAAGCAGAGGCCAAAGUGAAGAUGAACAAAAUCUAUUGAAUCCUUUUAAAAGGAACUCUUAAAGGAAAAGUGCCCAAAGUAUCAUUGCCAAAAUUCACACUUCCUCUUUUAAUAGAGAAGAAAAAACUCUCAAGUAUCCAGAAAAAAAUAACAAGCAUCAACAUUUUAAAAGGUAAUAGACAAUAUAAGACAAACUAAUUUCCCUUACACAUUCUACAGGGGAAUAUGGACUUUAACCAAAAAAAAAAAAAAAUUCAAACAUUCCUGAUGAACCAGUUAAGUAAGAACUUUGAUCUUCAAAAGCAAGAAUCCAGAAAAAAAGUUAGGUAAAUUGUUUUGAGCAAUUAAAGUUGUAAGAUGAUGUACUAAUAGCAGGAAAAGAAACAAUAUCUUGUAAGGGUAUUAAUUAAAUAAGAAAAACCUGUCCUGUAAAUGGAUGUUGUUUGAAGGGAAAGGAAAGGUGGAAUUUGAUUUUUCUAAUUUCAGGGCAUGAGUAAAUAGAAAGAUGAAGAGGUAAAGUCUGUUCAAAUGAAUAAGAUUUAGUGUGAAUAUACAUGAAGCUGAACAAAUGAACAAGUAGGGAUGAAGGGGAAGGUUAAGAAAGGGUAAUAUUAAGGAGGGAAGAUACAAGCAAAAUAAACUUAAUGAUCCUGAAAGGAAUUAAAGAGAAAGGGGAAAGGUGUUUAUAUUUUUUUUAAAAAAGAAAAACAUCUAUUUAUUUAUUUAAUGUUUUCAGAGAUUAUAGAUUCACUUCUUUAAAACAAAGUUAAAAAAUCCAAAGGUCCCAAAGUAACAAUGCAGUAAACGUCAAAUACAAACAAAAUCAAAGGACACCAGGACAUUUUGUUUUCAUUUCACACAUAACUUCCACAGCAGACUGAAAAACAUACCCAAAGUGAGGUUUGGCAAUUAAUCUCCCAUGAUCUAUAUUAGCUUCUCAGUUUAAUGUUGAACUGAGAAAGUGAGUUAGAUCCUUCAUAACUUUAAUAUGCAUCUUCCUAUUGGCUGAGAAGCAUCAAGGACCUUCUUCCUUCAGUUGUGGAAUUUUGGGAUAGUCCCAACUGUUAGGACUUUGAUUUUUCUUUCUAUGUUUUCUUUCCCUCCCUUCCUUUCCUGUCUUUUAUAUGUGUGUGUAAUCAUUCUGUGUGUAAUAUUGUUUCUUUAACUAGGGAAUGGGUAAGUAAAUUAUGGCAUAUAAAUGUAAUGUAAUACUAUUACCCCAUAAAAAAUAACAUGAGAUAAUUUUAGAAAAUCAUAAGUGCUAGGAAAUGUCAAGAAUCAGGCAGCUAGCAGAGUACCAGGCCUGAAGUCAGGAUUCAUCUUCCCGCGUUCAAAUGUAACCCCAGACAUUAGUUAUGUAAUCCAACCCUGCUUGCCUCAGUUCAGGUAUAAAAUGAGUUGAAGAAGAAAAAUGGCAAAUCAUUUCAGUAUCCUUGCUAAGAAAAUCUUAACUACAAAAGAACCAGGUGAACGAUUUUCACAAAUAGGAAAAAAAAACAAAAACCACUUUGAAAGACUUUAAAGAACACA